CUCAUCUGUGGGACGAGACCCUUCUGACUUCAGGACGUCCGUCUGGAAUUAGUUCCCCCUGAAGAACAAGAAUGAGUUCUCCACAAAAGAAACCGAGAGGAAGAGGAGUCAAACGUCACCACUGUCAGCACUGUGACAAAUCCUUCACAACAUCAGCCUCUUUAAAGAUUCAUCAGAGAUUUCACACUGGAGACAAACCUUACCGAUGUGAUCUAUGUGGGACAGCUUUCACACGACAGGGACACUUUAAAACACAUCAACGUAUUCACACUGGAGAGAAGCCGUACAGCUGUGAUCAUUGUGGGCAAACCUUUUCUCAUAGUGGUCACCUUAAAUCUCACCAGCACAUACACACUGGAGAAAAGCCAUACGGGUGUGAACAAUGUGGUGAAACGUUUUCUCAACGUAGUAACCUUAAAUCUCACCAGCGCAUUCACACUGGCGAGAAGCCCUACAGCUGUGAUCAAUGUAGUGAAACUUUUUCUCGUGGUGACAACCUUAAAUCUCACCAGCGCAUUCACACUGGAGAGAAGCCGUACUGGUGUGAACAAUGUGGGAAAACCUUUCCUGGAAGUAGUGCCCUUAAAAAACAUCAGCGCAUUCACACUGGAGAGAAGCCGUACGGCUGUAAUCAAUGUGGGAAAACUUUUUCUCAAAGUGGUAGCCUUAAAUCUCACCGGCGCAUUCACACUGGAGAGAAGCCAUACUGGUGUGAACAAUGUGGGAAAACCUUUCCUGGAAGUAGUGCCCUUAAAAAACAUCAGCGCAUUCACACUGGAGAGAAGCCGUACGGCUGUGAACAAUGUGGGAAAACUUUUUCUCAAAGUGGUGGCCUUAAAUCUCACCAGCGCAUUCACACUGGAGAGAAGCCGUACGGGUGUGAUCAAUGCGGUAAAAGUUUUUCUCGGGGUUGUAACCUUAAAACUCACCAGCGCAUUCACACUGCAUCGUUGUGAACAUGUUUCAGAGCUAGGCCUGUCGCGAUAGUCAUUAAAUCAAUUAAUCUCACGCUAAAAAAGAAUUAGCUCGAUAAUUUUUCCGGCCACUGUCAGUGUGUCAGAGGCAAAUGAAUUAGCCUGAGGUAAACGAUAGCUAUCAGUAAACAGAAGUAAUGUGGUGGCUGGUCUCGUGUGUGUGUUUGUGUGUGUGUGUCAGAAGAAAAUAGCUGCACCUUCGCCAAAAUGAAUA